AUGGUACAUAUUGGGAUCCCCCCGCAUUAUACCACUUCACCAUCGAGCUUUAGUCAUAGUACAUCUUUGACUAUCAAUCGUGAAGUUGCGCUAGAUCUUGAUUCUAGCAAUGCAUUCGAAGGCCCCGAGAAGCUUUUAGAAGUAUGGUUCAGUCCAUCUGCCCAUGCUCUCCAUCGCUGUUCUGAGCCCACUGGCCUCAAGGCGGUUCCUGCUGAGAUCUGGAAGUCCAUGCUUGACUUGGUCAACUGCAAGGUCCUGUCGAUCGUUGAGUCCGAAGAUGUCGACGCCUAUCUCCUUUCGGAAUCGAGCAUGUUCGUUUUCCCACACAAGCUCAUUUUGAAAACAUGUGGCACCACCACGUUGCUUUGUGGUCUCCCACGUAUUUUGGAGAUAGCGACUCUCUUCGGUGGCUUCGCACGCUCCACUGCACCGCCUUCGCGCGGCAUUGCCGUUGCGGCUCCUCCGUAUCGCGUCUUUUACAGCCGCAAGAACUACCUCUUUCCCGAUCGACAACGGGGCCCUCACCGCAGUUGGCGCGACGAGGUGUAUGCCCUCGACAAGCUUUUCGUGGGAGGAAGUGCCUACAUGAUCGGCAAGAUGAACGGCGAGCAUUGGUAUCUCUACUUGACCGAGCCGUAUACCAUGUUGACACCACCGGCAAGCCCACAGAGCAUGGAUAGUCCAGGAACCGAGACCAAAGUUCUGGACUUGCCAACUUCGCUCACGGUUGAUCGCGGUGCCAGGGUCUGCGAGGGAGAAGACGAGACUCUUGAAGUUCUCAUGACUGAUCUGGACGAAGAGAAUGCUAAGCAAUUCUACCUCGACCAUGCGAGUGCGGUCGCAGAAGAUCAGUGGAGGGGAUCUCAACCGAGUCAAGAUGAUCAUGUUGACGUCUUCAGCAACGCCUCUUCUGACGGCGAUUUAUCGAUGAAGGAGGAACCGUAUCCUGCUGAGCUUACAACCGAGGGCCAUGCUCUUGGCACCGUUGUCUCAGAAGCCUGCGGCCUGUCUGAUGUUUACCCGUCUCACAAGUACCCAGACGCCCGUGUGGACGCUUACCUGUUCACUCCCUGCGGCUUCUCGGCCAACGGUGUCAUCCCAGCACCUCCUGGCGAAACAGGUACCCAUUACUUCACUGUGCACGUCACCCCGGAGCCAAUCUGCUCCUAUGCCUCAUUCGAGACUAACGUUCCCGUUGGGCAAAAGGGGCGGGAGACAACCGACAUCAUCCAGCACGUGGUGGACAUUUUCAAGCCUGGGCGUUUCAGCGUCACCCUCUUCGAAGCCAAGACCAAUUACGAAGAACAGAGCUGCGCUGGCAAGGACGAGCUGGCCGAGAUCAGGAUGUUCGAACGCAAGGUGGCCCGCCGCAAUGCGAAGAUGGACACGAUCAAGGGCUAUCGUCGUGUCGACCGCAUUGUUCAUGACCUUGACGGCUACGACUUGGUCUUUCGUUACUACGAGCGUCACGACUGGAAGGGAGGUGCGCCACGCAUUGGAGAGCGAGGCUUUUGA